GCGCAGGCAAGCAAGCGGCCGCCGUGCACAAUGUGCGCGGUCGUGCUGCUGGAUCUCCCACACGCCUGCCGCUGCGGGUGCACUGAUCGGCUGCUGCGCGAGGAGGCCGCAGCGCACGCGCACUUAUUUGUGCUGCUCGGCGGCUGUGACGUCACGGACACGCCGGUGUUCGCGUACGGGGACGCGCAUUUACUGGACUCGCGCUGCACGGCCGAGAGCAUAUACCGGCUAAAGCGGGCCGCAGACGACCUGGAUGUGCACGCGCUGCGCGUCAUCACGAGUGAGCGGGGUCGAGAGCGGCUGCUUCGGUACGAGCAGCUGCUUUUUACGGCUCUUUACCACUUCACCUACAGGCUUGGAUGUCCCCGCCCUGGCCACACGCACUCACCUGAUGAGGAGGAGGAUGACGUCAGUUCCUUUCUGCACACACUUCCGGCGCUGGGCGGGCCCGUUAGACUGCUAACGUCAUCGCUGAUCCCAGAUUGUUUUGGCCAUGGUUUCAGCACGCGUUCAGGGGGCGUGUCCUACAUUCCCUCCUUGUCCUCCUUGAACUUGUUCAGCAGCAGCAAGAGGUGUGAUCCCCCUGCUGUGGUUCAGGAGAACAGACGGCGGCUGGCACUCCACGCCGGUUUCCACCCGCGCCACCUCCAUCUGCCGAAGGUCAAGCAUUCCAGCCAGGUGUGGAUCAUUGGUGAACCUGAGCCAGAGAACUAUGACGCCAUCGUGACCGAUCGGCCGGGGAAAGUAGUCGCCGCUCCGGGAGCCGACUGCAUCCCAAUCAUCUUUGCUGAUCCUGUGUCGAAGGUGGUAGGCGUUGCUCACGCAGGAUGGAGAGGAACCCUGAUGGGGGUUGCUAUGGCAACAGUGGAGGCCAUGGUGAUGCACUUUGGGUGCCAGGCCAGGAACAUCCUGGUGGUCCUGGGACCAUCGGUGGGGGCGUGUUGUUUCACGCUGGAGAAAGCGCAGGCGUCAAACUUCCAUCGGGACUGCGUUACUGAACCCCAGUCAGCCAGGCCGCAUGUCAACAUCCGCCUGGCCAACAGGCUCCUCCUCCAGGGGGGCGGGAUCCUGCCAGAGCAUAUCCAUGAUGACACGGUGACGGACAGGUCGCGCGUGACGCCGUGCACUUCCUGCCACCCCAAUGACUUCUUCUCACAUGUCCGAGAUGGACCCAAUUUUGGCACCCAGGUGGGCUUUGUGUGGAUCAAGGAGAUGGAAACAUCCCACUGACCCAGGAGGGUGUCUUCUUUUAAGGACAAAUAUAGGAACAUAAUAAUAAUAAUAAUUCGAAACAUCCAUAUACAAACCUUCACAUGUUUUAUUCAAUGUCACUGUCCAAAUUCUUCUGCUGACAAACAAAAUAAAGUUGAAAUGAU